AUGUCACGGCUAGCAGGAUGGAUAGGCUCCAAGGCGAAGCCCCACGGCUCGAGCCAGUCUCUCAAUGCGCUCGAGGAGCCCUCGCAGAUCGAGCAUGCCAUGCGCGCUGCAACGCACAUCAUGAACGACGACGUCGAGACCGCCGAAGCCGAGCUCAGCAAAGGCAGCUCGCCCGUACACAAGCUCUGCCAAGGCGUGGUAAUCUUCAUGCGCGCGACCCUCGGGUUCGAACAAGACGUGAUGCGGGAAGCUUCUGAGCGACUCGCUGAUGCGGAGGCCGCGGCUUCGGAUCAUUACAAAAGGGCGCAGCGGCAUCCGAAUGCCUUCCAUUCGGCGAUAUACCCGGCGGGAUCGGAGUUCGCACUUUGUUUGGCGGAGGCGCAGCUCAUGAGUGCGGUGGUAGCCGUGUUGAAUGAGAGCUUGACGGAGAGCAUAAAGGGGUUCUAUAAGCUACGCAAGGCGUAUCAGACACUGGAUGCUUUGGCGGAGGCGGAGAAGAGAUUCGUGCAGGGUCGGAGUAGCAGCAGUGUGAACAGCGCAUCAAGAGCUUCGACGGAGUCACUGGGUAGCUCGAGCGCAAGUCGAGCUUCACAAGCGUCUGCUGCUCCUCAAGCCGUCGCAACAAGCAUAGUAGAGCCGCUGCGCGACGACGAUGGAGACGAGUUCUUCGAUGCUGACGAAACGCCUGACGGAGUAACCGAGAUAACGACAUAUCUGGGCGAACUGGAGAUCAACGGAAGGAUCAAGCGUGCCGAGAAACCAUCAUCCUUUGAGCAAGCGGGUCCAAACGGCGAAGUCCCUCAACAGCAACCGUCCUUCCAGCGAUCUAGUUCCAUUGUACAGCAAGGUCCAGACAUGGACCUUUUCGGUGACCAUCCAGUUGACACGUUCAUCCACUCAGGCUCCAACCUUUGUUUCGGCAUCCUACAACUUAUGAUCUCUCUAAUCCCACCCGCCUUCGCCAUGCUCCUAAAAAUCGUCGGUUUCCGAGGCGACCGCGAGCGCGGCAUCCAGAUGCUCUGGCAAGCGAGCCGCUUCAACAACAUCAACGGUGCCAUGGCCGGCCUCAUCAUCCUAGGCUAUUACAACGGCAUCGUCGGCUUCUGCGACAUCCUGCCGCCGCGCGGACCGGGCGCGUACCCCCGCGAACGCUGCAGAGCGCUGCUAGCAGACAUGCGCGAGCGGUAUCCCCGGAGCCACCUGUGGCUGCUGGAGGAAGCCAGAGUAGUAGCCGGCGACCGGCAGCUCGAAAGAGCCGUAGAGAUCCUAAACAAGUCGAGCGCGAGCCCGCUCAAGCAGGUCGAGGCCCUCACGUGGUUCGAGCGCAGCUUGGACAGCAUGUACGCGCACAACUACGCCGAUUGCUCAGCAUCUUUCCAGAAAUGCGUCACGCUUAACAACUGGAGCCACGGGCUGUAUUACUACAUCGCGGGCGCAUGCCACGUGGAGUUAUACCGGCUGCACAAGACGUCAGACCCGCGGCUGGCGAGGGAGCAUGCGGCGAAGGCGGAAGAGCUACUCAGGCUCGUGCCGAAGCAGACGGGCAGGAAGAGAUUCAUGGCGCGCCAGCUACCCUUCGACGUGUUUGUGAACCGCAAGGUCCAGAAAUGGGAGCACCGCGCCGCCGAAUGGGGCGUCGAGUUCGUGGACGCGGUCGGCGUUUCCCCGAUCGAGGAGAUGAUAUACUUCUGGAACGGGUACAGACGCAUGCGGCCGGAGCACUUGCAGGUCUCGCUGCAGCGACUCGCGUGGUCGACUGCAGGAGAGAAUGGCAAUUGGGAGCGCGAGGCGCUGGAUGAGCAUGCGGUGCUGGCGCUGUUGAGAGCGGCCACGCUGCGGAAUCUCAAGCGGUUCGACGAUGCGAAGGAAGUUCUGCAGACGGAGAUCCUGAGCCAUGAGUGGGUGGAGUUCAAGGGCCAUCUGAGAGACAGUUGGACGGAUCCGUGCGCGCACUAUGAGAUGGCGGCGAAUCUGUGGAAUGAGCAGGUGCAGGAUGGGAAUCUGCCGAGUGACAUGCAGAAGCUGAAAGAGUGCUCCACGUGGUUGGAGAAGGUGGCGGGCUGGGAGAGUUAUGAUUUGGAUGCACGCAUCGGACUGAAGAUUACGACAGCAAGGGAUACGCUCAAAAGGUGCGAUGUUGGCGCAACUGCAUGA